GCAGCUGCAGCCCACCUUUUGGUUCUCUGUGCCAAAGCUUUCACAUCUUCCUUGCUUCUUUGAGAGCAUCAGCAUCUGUGGCUCUUGGUCAUCUGGCAGGAAUGAUGCCUCAGCCUUGAGGAACUGCUGAUCUCCCAUGCAUCUCGUUGCCUCCUCUCUGGCCCCUGCAACUUGUGGAGGAGAAAGGAAACAGGAUUAGAAUCUACUGGAGGGGCAGGGAGUGGUGGUAUUGUUCUCUAGUCUCCAGGAGGACGCCUGAGUGCAGCAUUGCCACAGCGACGGCUUCCACUUACCCCUAAAUAAGAACGGGCAGGAGCAUCAGCCGCAGCCCCAGUCCAGAAAGAUCCUCCAGUGAGCCCUGACAACAAACUGCACCUUCCUUACUAUCACACACCACUCAUAUCUUUAUAGGAGGAGAAAAGCCUGUUUCAAUGAUGUCAACAAAAUGUGUUCAGCCACUUGAUAUCCCAGAGGACAGACUAGACAAGCAAGAUUCACAGUGUAACCAUUUAGAAGAUCUUUCAGAGCAGCUGAUUAAGAGCUGUGACCUCAAAAAAACCCCAAGAAAAGAUAAAAUCCUCACAGCUUCCCAGAAGACUGAACAGGAGCAAAAGAAGCCAAAGAGAAAGGAUACACAGGCUUUGCACACUCCACCACCUCUAACAGGCAUCAUUUCAGACUCAUCUGAAAAUCUGCUGAAAAAGUACGGUAUCACAGAAAAGUCACAGAGUCCAGACUCUCAAAUCACUGAACUGGAGCAGAAAAAGCCCAGAAGAAAAGAUACACCUGCAAUACACAUCCCACCUUUGAUAAUAGGCACUAAGAUGUUUAUAGAAGAAGAACAAACAGUGAUUAUGGAAGAUGAAGAAAAGGAUGGAGAUGUAGUCCACAGUUAGAUUACAGUGACACUUCAAUAAUACAGUGUAAAUAAUCAUGGGUCAUUCAAAGUAGCAGAACAUUAAAAAAGAUCUUUCAUCUUUAUAAAU